UUGAGUUUGCUUGACUUCACAAGUUCAGAUUGUCUUCUAUCGGGAUACCUGGAUAUUCACCUGCUCAUUCCUUUUCUAGAAGGCAUCUUUUCUCACGGGAAUAAAAGGAACCAGAUGUUCAGUUGCUAUCCGUAUUUCUCUUUGUACUUCUUGGAAAUUACUGCCCUACCAGUGAAUUGAAACAUCCUGGCUUCCCACUUCUCCCCAGUUUAACCUGGGUUACCCCACCUCCCUCUCUUCCCCAACACCAAAUCCUAUACAGAAACUCCAUGACAACAGCCACCGCUUCCUCCAUGUACCCUGAGGAGGAAGCCCUUCGGACCUCAUUCCCUCUGACCCCUCCACCUGCCUUGGGGGAUGAAUUCUAUCCUUUUGGGGGUGAACAUCGGCAGUCCUGUGUGGGCGACACAGUGGCCGGGGAUGAAGAUCCGGAAGAAGCAGAUUUGGAAUUACUACUUCAGAGGAAAGAGCAGGAUCUGCUUCUGGCAGCAGAGCUGGGAAAGAUGCUGUUGGAACGCAAUGAGGAAUUGGAAAGGCGCUGUGAGGAACUAACAAAGGAGUAUGCUGAAGCAAAAGAGAGACUUGAACAAGAAAAGCACGAACUCCGUCGGCACUUUGAAUCUGGACAGGCCGAAUUUGAGACUCGUGUGGUAGAGCUGGAGUCUGAUUUGGCCACUGCCCGAGACCAGUUGGGUCAGCAGCGCCUGGAACAGCAGGACACCAGCCGGGAGAGCUCACAGGCUGUCCUGGACCUCUCGGAGCAGAACCAGCGCCUGGUGGAGCAAUUCAGUCAGAUUGCUCAGGUGGAGCAGCAGCUCCGGGAAGAUCUGACUUUGCUGCGCGGCGAGCAUCGGACCUUGACCCUUAGCAGUGCCGAACAUGCUGCUAGGAUACAAAGCCUACAAGCUGAG